AGCUGUCACUGCGAGGGAAAGGGGGGCACUACAGUCGCCGCUAUAUGCUUGUAAACGAAUGUUUAUGAUUGGCUGUGGAGCACUUUACUGAGAGACAGAUUGAUUUAGCUACAUUAGCUAGCUAUUUAUUUGAAUGGGUAGCAAAUACUUUUCUGUAGUUUUAAUUCUAGCAACUGGCAGAGCGUUAGUGUAAUUCAGAGUUCAGAUAGGUAGCUAGUUGCCUGGAGAAUUGCUUGUAAGAUCGCUUUAUUUGAAUAGUCUAUUCUGAAAAAGGGUUCAGCAGUUUGGAAGUUGUUUGCACAGACAGUAACUUACACUGACGUUCAUUAUAUAUCGAGGAUAUUUUUUUCAUAGUAAAGCAGACACGCACACACAGCUUGUUGGUUUCUUAACGUUUGUUAAAAUUUGUAACUAACUUGCUGACUGAGACUGUCAGGGUAGUUAUCUGGCUAUUAUAUGAUUGCUUGUUAUCAAGCUUUACAGUAUACUGCAUAGGUACGUCUGGUUAAGGUUAGUUGAGUAUAACGACAAAUCACUAAUAAUUAACCAACCGAUAUCGGCUAUCGGAGAGAGAAGUUAAUAUUAACUAGUUGGCUAGCUUGGUAGCUAUAUUGCUAUCAGAUUUGUUUAGCAGUGAAAGUCAUCGCGCAACUAGCAGCAACACAUUGUCUUUUGGAGAGGAUAUCGUAUGCGCAGUCUAGGCACUGACUUCGUUUGUAUUUCAUAGCCGGCGAUUUAAAGACCACUUUGAGCUUUAUUCCAGUCAAACAAACGUGUCUGCCAGUAGUUUGUAACGUUGAGCAGAAUGAAUAUCCUUGCGGAGUUUUUCGUGGUCAUUUUAAAAGUGCUCUGGGCUUUUGUGGUGGCCGGUCUUAAAUGGUUUGUGCGACCAAAAGAGAAAAGUGUUGCGGGUCAGGUGUGUGUGAUCACCGGGGCAGGCAGCGGACUCGGUCGCCUCUUUGCCAAGGAGUUUGCCCGACGACGGGCAGUACUGGUGCUCUGGGACAUCAACAGCCAAAGCAAUGAGGAGACUGCGGAGAUGGUGCGACAGAUCUACCGCGAACUGGACAGCCCAGUUCACAAAGAUGGAGCUGUGAGCGGUGUCGAGGAGGUCCCUCCGUUCCAGCCUCAGGUGUACACCUAUGUCUGCGACGUGGGCAAGCGCGAGAGCGUGUACUCGACGGCGGAGAAAGUGCGGCAAGAAGUGGGGGACAUCGACGUGCUUAUCAACAACGCCGGCGUGGUGUCCGGCCACCACCUCCUGGAGUGUCCCGACGAGCUCAUCGAGAGGACCAUGAUGGUCAACUGCCACGCACACUUCUGGACCACCAAGGCGUUUCUUCCCAAGAUGCUGGAGAUGAACCAUGGACACAUUGUGACAGUUGCCAGCUCACUGGGAUUAUUCAGCACAGCUGGCGUGGAGGAUUACUGCGCGAGCAAGUUUGGCGCAAUAGGCUUCCACGAGUCCCUCAGCCAUGAGCUAAAGGCUUCGGAGAAAGACGGGAUCAAAAUGACGCUGGUUUGCCCCUACCUGGUAGACACUGGCAUGUUCCGAGGCUGCAGAAUCAGGAAGGAGAUUGAGCCGUUCCUCCCUCCCCUGAAGCCCGAGUUCUGCGUCAAGCAGGCCAUGAGGGCCAUCCUGACCGACCAGCCCAUGAUCUGCACGCCUCGCAUCGUCUACAUGGUCAACUUCAUGAAAAGCAUUUUGCCCUUCGAGGCCAUUGUGUGCAUGUAUCGGUUUCUCGGAGCAGACAAGUGCAUGUACCCGUUCCUGGCUCAGAGGAAGCAGGCCAUGAACAACAACGAGGCCAAGAACGGGAUCUAGAGGGCGCUGUUCCCAAGUUGUACAACGGCACAUUUCCUGAACGAGGAGGAUAAGACCACUGAAGCAGCAUUAGGAAAAAGACUGAAUCUCGACUGGUGCACUUGCAUUGAGCAGAUGCAAAGGUUUACCAUAUUGUUCCUCUGGAACAAAGAAAGCUGUGUACUACACUAAGGAUUUAUUUGUAUUUGUUUAAGGUUUGUUUAAAGAAACCACCUGUCUAUAUACUGUGUUGACAAUAGUUUUGAAAUCAUACAAAAGGUAUUCAAUAAUUAACUAUUUACGUAAUGUAGUCACCAGCAUUAUUUAGUGUCUUUGUGGAAAAAUACAGUAUGUUACUGUAUGAACAGUAAAUCUUGUCACUUUGUUUUUUAUUUUUAUUUUUGUUUUUGUUUUUUUGUAGACAUGCACUGUAAUUACCGACUUAAUUUCUCCACACUGCCGACACUAUUUAUGUAGAACAGUUCCACAGCAUAGUAUUUCACUACUUCCAUUCCCAACACUGCAAGGUCCAUAACCACAGACCACAGAGGCUGCAUCUAUAGGUGGCAUCUGGCUGUCGGGUGGGGGAGGUCACCCAAAUAGCCGCCCACAUUACGACAGAUCCUGGCUCGCGUCCGACAGGUCAUUAAAUGCACUGCCAAGUGGUAAUCAUUUUUGUACUCCGGUCCUCGGCAUCAUUUGGACACGCAGCACUCCGUCUUUGUUGCUGUGCGCCUGUCAGCACAAGGACGUUCACUCUUCAGACCCUCCUUUCUCGCGUUGCUGAAGCGUUAGACUCUUUGUGUGUCUCGGGUUUGUGCUGCUCAGCUGAUUAAAUGGAAAUGCAAUCAAUAGGUCAGGGGUCAGCGCCCCACACUGAAUCCAGUUCAUAUUUGGCAGCGCACAUUGAUCAUGCUCAACAUCACUGAGAAGCUAAAAGUGGAUGCUCAGUUGGUGUAAGUCUUGGAUGUACAGUUGGAUUUAUUUUUGUAAACAUUCAUGUGAAAGUACUUGAGUGUCUGAA